GUGGGAGUUCCCCGCUUCGCCAUGUCGGGGUGGUGCAACGCGCUGAAAGGAUCUCCCGAGCGAGCUCUCUCUCUCUCCCUUUUCUCCACCGCCCCCACCCCAUCAGCUCCAUCCUCCCCCUCACGACAGUCUCAGUCUCAGCAGCAGCAGCAGCAUCGUCCUCCUCCACCCUCUCUAUAGGCAGCAGCAGCAGCAGCAGCAUCCGGCGGUGAGACACGGAGGAGACGCAUCCGAGUGAUGCCACUGCACCAACCGCAUCUCUCCACCGCGAAAACACGCCGAGAAUAAAGCGCUUCUUCUGCGAGGAGGGAGAAACACAUUCGACUGGAGAGAUCCACUGCCCAUGAAGAUGUCUAACGCUGACAUGGUCUUGAACUCCACCGAUCGGAUAGUGAAAUCCGUUCCCUUCCCCCUGAGUCACCGCCUCACCAUGAAGGAGGUGUUUGACUGUGAGGGGAAACCAAGGGUGGAUCUACUGAAAGCCCACCUCACUAAAGAGGGCCGAGUGGAGGAGACCGUGGCCCUUCGAAUCAUAAAUGAUGGGGCCUCUAUCUUACGCCAGGAGAAGACCAUGCUGGACAUAGAGGCACCUGUCACAGUGUGCGGUGACAUCCAUGGGCAGUUUUUCGACCUGAUGAAACUGUUUGAGGUGGGAGGCUCUCCAGCCACGACACGAUACCUCUUCCUGGGUGACUAUGUGGACCGGGGUUACUUCAGUAUCGAGUGUGUUCUGUACCUCUGGUCACUGAAAAUGCUCUACCCAAAGACGCUAUUUUUACUGAGAGGAAAUCAUGAAUGUAGACAUUUGACAGAAUAUUUCACCUUCAAACAAGAAUGUAAAAUCAAGUAUUCAGAGCAGGUUUACGAUGCCUGUAUGGGCGCAUUUGACUGUCUGCCCUUGGCAGCUCUCAUGAACCAGCAGUUCCUGUGUGUCCACGGUGGCCUGUCCCCAGAAAUACAGACCUUAGACGACAUAAAGAAGUUGGACCGGUUUAAGGAGCCCCCAGCAUUUGGGCCUAUGUGUGAUUUGCUUUGGUCCGAUCCCUUGGAGGACUUCGGCAAUGAAAAGAGCCAAGAGUACUUUAGCCACAACUCAGUCAGAGGAUGCUCAUACUUCUACAGUUAUCCGGCUGUCUGUGACUUCCUACAGAAUAAUAACUUGUUAUCAAUCAUUCGAGCACAUGAAGCACAAGAUGCAGGGUACCGGAUGUACAGGAAGAGUCAGACCACUGGCUUCCCUUCCCUUAUUACCAUUUUCUCUGCGCCAAACUACCUUGAUGUUUACAAUAAUAAAGCUGCCGUCCUGAAGUAUGAGAACAAUGUAAUGAACAUCCGACAGUUUAACUGCUCCCCUCAUCCUUACUGGCUGCCAAAUUUCAUGGAUGUCUUCACCUGGUCGCUGCCAUUUGUGGGGGAGAAAGUCACGGAGAUGCUGGUAAAUGUGUUGAGCAUCUGUUCUGAUGAUGAGCUGAUAAAUGAUGGAGACGAGAUCUUUGACGCCAAUGCAGCAGCUGCCCGAAAAGAGGUGAUUAGGAACAAGAUCCGUGCCAUUGGGAAGAUGGCCAAGAUGUUCUCCGUGCUCAGAGAGGAGAGUGAGAAUGUGUUGACCCUGAAGGGUCUGACCCCUACCGGGAUGCUCCCAAGUGGGGUGCUUUCUGGAGGCAAGCAGACUAUACAGAGUGCAACCGUCGAAGCCAUUGAAGCCAUCGAGACGGAAGAAGACGGAGAAGCCAUCCGCGGCUUCUCUCCACAGCACAAGAUCAACAGCUUCGAAGAGGCUAAAGGUCUGGACCGCAUCAACGAACGCAUGCCGCCCCGCAAGGAUGGAGUCAACCACGUGGGCCACUCCAUGGGCAAGAUGAACAUGUCCGAGACCAACGGCACCGACGACAACAGUAACAUCCAGUGAUGAAACGGCUGCCCACUCACCUGCACCUGAGUCCAUGCCACCGCCACGACGCAUGGCAGGACAAAGCCAAACCCAUGAUUUAAGACCUCCUGCUUCCAACAAACACCCUAUGACAUCACCUACACAUCCCUCCCUGCUCCAAUGUCCAAUUAGAGAACCAAACUAUCUUUAAUGUUUCACUGAAAGAGGCAGACUGUUUUCUUUCUGUCAGUUUGCCACUUGCAAUUUUCAAAAACGGAUACCUUGCCGACGGCAAGUGUCUGCUUUUUUGGGAGUGUCGAAUGGGAAGGAGGGUGGGGGGUGAUUUGCCUGUGAAGGGCUGAAAGUGUCUUUAUCAGAGAGAGGGCGGUCUCCAUUCCUUUCUGGCUCCACCCACAUGCCAAGUGGGUGGGGUUUAGGAACUCUCUCUUAAGCCUGAUAAAUCCAGUUCGUCGGUGCGGGUGACGAGCCUAUACCGGAUCCAUGCACACUUUUUUCCUCUUUUGAUUGCGAGUUUUUCUUCAUGAUCCCAUCUCAUAAUGAAAUGAUCUCACUGUUGACGAUGUUUUGCUACUAGUAUUAAUAAAUAUACAAAUUUGAAAUGACAAAAAACGAAAAAUGUUUGUAAGAAAGGACAUUUAACGACGAAUCCUGUACAUUUUAUUACUUAUAAUGCAAUCUUACCUGGGGGUUUUUAUUUCUUGAUUUGGUUUUUGGUAAGAUACCAUGAAGCAGUAGAGGAGAAGAGCGGUGAUGCUUGUCCGCCGUAGACUCUCGAUCAAUGCAACCGUUCGGACGGAGGUAAACCGCAGAUGGAGCUCAACUUUGGCGCCACCUUCCUGAUUGUUUCUCACUUGCCUGUAUCUCAAGAGAGAGAAUGCACAUAGUACAUUUCGCAAGUCAAAUAAAUAUAUAUAAAUAUAUUUAAAUAUAUGAUUAUUAACAACGGUCGAGGACAACGAUUUUUAACAGCAUCUAUGGUACUGAACGCAUCAGUGCAUGCAAUUAAGUUCCUUAUUGAUAUGUGAAAUUAUAAUUGUGAUGUGUUUCAAUAUAGUAGACUUGAAUUAUUUCCCUUCAAAUUAUAUUUGUAAAGGUCUAGUUUGU